UGUUGACUGUUAAGCCUACUUCAAGUAUGUAGCUGAUUUUUUGUGGUUACACUUGCUGCUAGAGUACUGUACUGCGAGUUAGAAAUAUUCCUACUUGAACAGAAUCCCUGUCCAUCCAAUCAUGUCGCGAAAACCUCUGCCGAUCCCCAGCCAUCCACAACCGCGACGAGGCGCAGUGACAGGCAUAGUUAAUCGACUGCAGGGUUCGCUGCGCAGCGGCGAACUCAGUGACAUCAAGUUCGUCGUAGGACGCGAAUAUGGCGAAACACGAACAUUUUCUGCACUUAAGUGCAUCUUGAGCCUCAGCAGCGACGUAUUUUACGCGAUGUUUCACGGCAGCUUGCCAGAGCGGAAGAAGACCAUCGAGAUCCCCGAUGUCCUUCCUGAGGCUUUUGAGGUUAUGCUUUGCUAUGUGUAUACGGAUAAGGCUGAUAUCACGGUGGAGAAUGUCUGGCCGGUGCUGUACUGUGCGGAUAAAUAUGAUUUCCCGUUGUUGCUGGAACAGUGCAACCAGUUCGUGCUGAAGCAGAUCCGAGCGGAUAACUGCCUGACGUAUUUGGAAAAGGCUACAAAGUGGCAUGCUGACGAUAUCGUGAAGUUAUGCUUCACUGUGGCGGAUGCAUACACCAAAGUCGCAUUUGAGUCUCCGCAAUUCGUUUCUGUUAGUCGAGAGACGCUGCAGAAGCUUCUGCAACGAAGUACGUUGCGCGUGGACGAAAACACAGUCUACAUAGCCGUGGAACGAUGGUGCGUGGAAGCUUGCAAGCAGAAUAAUCAGGAGGCUUCGGCUGCCAGUCGGCGUGCUGUUUUGGGGGAGGCGCUGGUCCUCAUCCGAUUUCCCUUGCUGGAACCUUCUGAGCUGGCUGACGGCCCAGCCAAGACUGGCCUACUUUCGGAACGGGAACUGCUUGAUCUCUACACUUAUACACUGGCCACGACCAAGCCACCGGCAACAUUUCCGUUUUCCACUGAGGAACGAGAACCCCAGCCUUUUCGCCUUCGUCGCACGGAAUUCCAGUUUCGGGAGAAAAGUUUUGUGGAAGAGGAUCCGGACAGCCCGUUUUGGAUGCCGGCGAAGGUCAUCGGUGUUCUUCAUUCGAAAGUGGUUGUGUGCUUGAAGAACGGAAGCGAAAGAAGAAUUCUGUUGGUGAAACCUGGGAAGGUCAUGCGUGCAGCCGAUUUCUUGACCAACGGACGCGACCUCGUGUGUCACUGUAGUGUGGCUAGAUGUGCCAGCGCUGUUUAUCAGAGCUCCUAUUACGGCGGAAGCCGCCACACUGUCAAAGCCUGUGGUCGGAAAGAGGUGGUGGAUUUCCGGGACCUUUUUGUUAGGCGCGAUGACGCACAGAAAUGGAAGAAUGACAACGACAGCGGGGAUGAUAGCGACGAGGAAGAGGAACGCGAAGGCCCAAUCAAGAAGCGCAUGCGAGAAUAGGCUGGUACGUAUGCUUUUGGGCAACAGCCUGGCGUACGGUUCGGCAACAACUUCGGUGUCAUGCGAAGACAUUCAUUCAGUUAUGUGGUAUACUCGGAAUAAUUCUGUUCUUGAUUUUCAGAAAGUUGAUUAUGUACGGGGUCAGAAAAUGUGUCUAUCUGUCUGAAUGCUUCAUUUGUUUUUUUUUCUGGCAAUGCAGUUUAUUAUUUUACCUAAUCACGGUAUGUUUUCGUUGUUGUGGCUGGGCCGCUGGGGAGAUUCUAGUGCGGCAUCAGUAAGAGCGCACCUCGUGUGCCUGCUAUAGUCUCGUCUUU